UAACAUUAUAGCUUAAAAUAGAGAGAGAAAAUUAAGGGUGGAGAGAGAGAGAGAGAAUCUACUAUGGUAUGGUGCCAGCUAUGAAGUUGAAGGAUCAAAGCUUUCUCUGAGGUCAAAGCUGGCAAUUUCAUUAUUUCCUAUUUUUAUUUAAUUUUAAACAUUGUUCUCCUCACCACCUUUUCCUCUUAUUUACACACUUUGAAAAUCUAUCUAAUUAGAUUCUUAUUAGAAAAAGAAAAGCCAAACCAACAUUUCUCUCCCCCUAUCCCCCAUUUUUCUCUCUUCUUCUAUAUAGUUCUCUCUAUUUAUUUCUACAGAAAUAAAUGUCCGUGAUUUGGAGAGAGAGAGAUAGAGAUUAGGGAUUUGAUGUUGAAGACUUUAGAUAGUUGAUUUUCCGAGGAGCAAAAGGAAGAAGAAGAAGAAAAAAAAAUAAAAAGCUUAACCAGAGAACAACAAUGGCUGUCAGUACUUCUCCUUGCCUCACCGGUAAUGAGAAAAAACACUGGUGGCUUAGUAACCGAAAGAUUGUGGAUAAAUAUUUGAAAGACGCAAGGAACCUCAUUGCUACACAAGAACACAAUGAGAUCGUUUCAGCUUUGACUCUCCUCGACGCGGCUCUGGCUCUCUCGCCGCGGUUUGAGCAAGCACUAGAGCUCAAAGCUAGGUCUCUGUUAUAUCUCCGGCGGUUCAAGGACGUGGCGGACAUGCUUCAGGACUAUAUUCCAAGCCUUAAAAUGACUUACGAUGACUCUGGCUCUGAGAACUCAUCUCAGCACCUCUCCAGAGAACGAGUCAAGCUUCUAUCUUCUUCCUCCUCCGACUCAUCGGACGAUCGUGAUCCUUCUUUCAAGUGCUUCUCCGUCUCAGACUUGAAGAAGAAGGUUAUGGCCGGACUCUGUAAAAGUUGUGAACAAGAAGGGCAAUGGAGAUAUUUGGUAUUAGGCCAAGCUUGUUGUCACCUCGGUCUAAUGGAAGACGCCAUGGCUCUUCUUCAAACCGGAAAACGACUCGCCAGCGCCGCAUUCCGCCGCGAAAGCAUAUGUUGGUCGGAAGACAGCUUCUUUCUCUCCAACUUCCCUCUCUCAGGGGAAGUCUCAUCCGCCACCAACCGACCUGCCUCGCCUCCUCAAUCCCUCUCAGAAUCAGAAAACGUAAACAACCUACUCAGCCACAUAAAGCUCCUCCUCCGCCGCCGCACGGCUGCAAUAGCAGCCCUGGACGCGGGUCUAUACUCUGAGGCAAUCCGCCACUUCAGCAAGAUCGUCGACGGACGCCGCGGCGCCCCACAAGGAUUCCUGGCCGAGUGCUACAUGCAUCGCGCGGCCGCGUACAAGUCCGCAGGCAGAAUCGCCGAGGCCAUUGCUGACUGCAACAGAACUCUGGCUCUCGACCAGAGCUGCAUUCAAGCUCUUGACACCAGAGCUUCGUUGCUGGAAACCAUCCGUUGCUUGCCUGAUUGCUUACACGAUCUAGAGCACUUGAAGCUUCUCUACAACACCAUCUUACGCGACCGGAAGCUCCCCGGUCCGGUAUGGAAACGCCACAACGUUAGGUACAGAGAAAUACCCGGGAAGCUAUGUGCUCUCACGACCAAAAUCCAAACCCUGAAACAGAGGGUGGCUUCUGGGGAAACAGGGAAUGUGGAUUACUAUUCUUUGAUCGGUCUUAGACGAGGGUGUUCGAGGUCUGAGCUUGAGAGAGCACAUCUCUUGCUGUGUUUGAGGCACAAGCCCGAAAAGGCAACUGGGUUUAUAGAACGUUGUGAGAUUUCUCAUGAUGGCGAUGUUGAUUCGAUCAGAGAUAGGGCAAAGAUGUCUGCUUUGUUGCUGUACAGAUUACUUCAGAAGGGUUAUUCUAGUGUGAUGAGUACAAUUAUGGAUGAAGAGGCUGCCGAGAGACAGAGGAAUAAGGCUGCAGCGUCUUUACAAGCAGCUCAGGCUGCAGCCUCUCUACAAGCAGCUCAGGCCGCUGCGGCUGCCGCAGCUGCUGCUGCAAUUCAUGUUCAGCAAGCUCAAGAAUCGUCUUCUGAAUCGUCGGAAUCAGAAUCAGAUGACUCCAGCCUUCACAAUAAUGAUAAUAGUAAUAAUAAUAGUUCAAAUGUAUUCCAAGGAGUAUUUUGCCGAGACCUGGCUGCUGUUGGUAGUUUGUUGUCUCAGGUGGGGUUUAACCGUCCAAUUCAAGUCAAGUACGAAGCUUUGAGCUGCUGAGGUCCGAUUUAGUUUCUGGGGUUGGGUUUAGCCAUUAAGCAUUACCGGCAAUGGGGAUUCUCUUUCUCUCUCUCUCUCUCUCACUCUGUACAAAAGAAAAGAAAAACCAAGCUCUAAAAAAAAAUAGGAAAUACCUUGCCGGGAAAUUUUGUCACCCUAUUCUCUUUUCUUAUUUCUGGUAUCAAUUGUUACUGCUACUACUACUACUACAUCAUCUACAUGUACAGAUUUCAGACCGAAUUCUCUUCCUUUGAAUUUUUAUUUUAGAGUA